AGCCGUAGCGGCCGGCGGCGGGUGCGCGCAAGCAGGUUCCGGGGACUUACUGCGGUUCCGUCAACCGUUUUCUUGCCCUGCACCUGACAGCAGGGGGGCCAAUCCACACCUGGACACACAAAAAAAUGUCCGGAACAUGCGAUCAAUUCCCAUCCAUCAGCAGCAGUGUCGCUCUUAUGCUACGAGCUGGCAUGCCUCGACGUAGCUACAGCGCUCCCUUUUUAACAUGACCGACUCGUCCGCCUGGCAGUGGAUCCUUGUCCUCUCGCUCACCGCUCUUCUCCUCUCCCUCGCCGUGCUCGUCCCGAUCGUCAACCGCUACGCAAAGGCGUACCUCGAUGCGCCGAGCGAGGUGUCUACCUUCCUCGACGUGGUUGACAGUUCCGUCGCCGAAAACGAGUCCUACGACCGCGACAUUACCAAGGUCCAGCGGUUAGAGGACAAGCUCCGGCUCGCCCGGCUCCUGCGGGAUAUUCAGAAGAGCGGAGAUGCAUUGCGGGAGGAGCUGAACACCCUGCUGGUCGGAGAGGGCAGCCCUCGCCUCCGCAAUGGUGCUCGCCUGUGCUGGGCUAGCCAUCGGCAGAGGCUAGAGGAGAAGGUACGGCGGCUCGACCUGCUCAGGAUGCGCUUCCUCGUCGUCCACAUGGCCAUCAUCGCCGGUACGGCGACCGAGGCGGCAGCGAAGAAGGACGUUGCGCUCCUAGACCCGGAGAAGUCGGCAGGUCUGCCGCUUACGCCACGCCCGGGGGCGCUACCAAAAGCUCUGGCAGACGGGAUCAAGUCAGAGUCCCCGCUGCGGCGGUUGACCGUCCAAGCGAUCGGACACCAAGAGAACGUCGAAGGCGGCCACCGCAAGGGCUGGGCCGGGGUCGUAAUGGAGCUACAGAAGAGCCCACUUCUUCGAGAACGGCAUGCAAGCAUUGAGCUGGCCAUGUCACGGUCACCCUAAGUGUGUCCGAUGUCCUUGCCUUUCCUCGGUGCGGCGAAGCGCCGAAGAUUCGAGUUGCCCCCAGAUAUGCGCCCAUGACAGAAUUAGGAUGAUUGAUGACGCGACGAAACCCACUUACCAUACGAGUUCAUGAAAACAAAUGCAUCACGAC